AAUAGAUAGAUAGACAGACAGACAGACAGUCAUACAGACAGACAGACAGACAGACAGACAGAUAGAUAGAUAGAUAGAUAGAUAGAUAGAUAGAUAGAUAGAUAGAUAGAUAGAUAGAUAGAUAGACAGACAGACAGACAGACAGUCAUACAGACAGACAGACAGAUAGAUAGAUAGAUAGAUAGAUAGAUAGAUAGAUAGAUAGAUAGAUAGAUAGAUAGAUAGAUAGAUGGAUGGAUAGAUAGAUAGAUAGAUAGAUAGAUAGAUAGAUAGAUAGAUAGAUAGAUAGAUAGAUACAUAGAUAGAUACAUAGAUAGAUAGAUAGAUAGCGCUAGGUUGAGAUUGAUGAAUUGAUUAAUGGUAUUUCUUUGCGUCUGAUCAUGGUCACAUUCGUAUAUGCUCUGGAGUCUUUGACGCUGACUGCAGAGCUAAAGAGAUGGAUCCUAGCAAUGUGAUUGAGAUGAUAUAGAAGGAUCCUAGGUAUCACUUUUAAAAACCGCAUCACAAACAAAGAGAUUAGAGACAAUGUUACUACAACGAUUGGGCCCCACGAUGACCUGCUAUCUAUUGUAGAAACUAAGACUCUAUGGCCAUAUUACAAGCUUUUUUGGGGCUUGCUACAAGGAACAUUACCAGGAAAAAGAAGAAGAGGCAGACAGAGAACGCGAUUGGAAGACAACAUAAAAGAAUGGACGGGUCACGAGCUGUGCAAUUGAAAAAGAGGUUCUAUCCAAUGCAAAAGACAGCUGGAGAAAGAAGGUUGACAAAUCUUGUGUGGUACCCCGACGGUCCUACAGACUAUGAGAUAGGUCAAGGCCAUUUUUCAUUGUGUAGGAGUCUGGUGUUUUAAGACAUCGGAUUUACCCAAAACGAUGCUUCAGUACCUGACACUUUUUCUAAUGGGAAUAAUGUGUUUUUAUGAUAGCUUAAAAGUGUUUACACCAUCCGGAGAGGCUUGAUUUCUAGUAUCUACAAGUAAGAAGCAAAAUGUCAUUGAACAUCAAUGAAGACUUAAAGGAAUUCCCGUGUACGUUCAACCUGGCCAGAGGGCAUAAAGUAACACAAGAAAGAUUCAGGCACGUCAAGAACAAUGUCGAAAGUGUGAUUGACUGCUCUCCGGAAGAACAAAUCAGAAAUACAAAUAUUCUUACGUGGGUCAUGUUCAACUUAGGCGACAAACAUAAAGCCGUGGAACUGAACAUAGAGGCUCUGAAAGCUUCAGAAGAUAGAAACAUAACCGCUCUUGGCAAUAACGUUUUUAUUAUGUAUAAUAAAGGUAACAAGCUGAAAUCACUAAAUACUCCCUUUCAAAAACUGUUAGCACUUUUAAAGGAUGAGCGAUUUGAACAACUGAAGAUUGAGGCCUUAGCCGAGCAAGCUUACUGCUACACUAGAUUGGGAGGAGAGAAAAAUUACAAGAUAUGUAUUGACUUAUUCAAGAAAUGUGUUGAUCGCUGUCCUCAUAAUUAUGACUGGAAGUUUGGAUUGGGGUUGGUCUACAGGAGAUUCACCAAUUUCUCAUCCAUAAGCCAAGAGCAAAAGGAAGAACUGAUCGCAGAGAGUGCUCAGCUGUUAUUUGAAGUGGCAAGAUGUGGGAAUGAUAAACUAAAAGGCCUGGCUUACGCCCAGUUAGUUGUUGGCUAUAUGACAUUCCCAAAGCAACAGGAUCGAGUUUUUAAAGACUAUGAUUUACAGAGUUUGUGUGAAGAAGCAUUGAAGUACGGAGACCAGAACCCUACGGUAUUGACACACGUUGGGAGAUGCCUGAAAGAUGUAGAUGUUGACAAAGCAAUCGAUCUAUUGAAAAAGUCUCUAGAACUAAGACUAAACAGCAUUGCGUGCCACCAUCUUGGACUUUGCUAUGAGAAAAAGUUCGAGAACAAGCUCUUGCAACGAAAGCCUUGUCCAUUGGAUGACAGCAAGCAUCAGAAAGCAUCAAGUGCAGCUGACAGCAAGCAUCAGAAAGAAUCAAGUGCAGCUGACAGCAAGCAUCAGAAAGAAUCAAGUGCAGCUGACAGCAAGCAUCAGAAAGAAUCAAGUGCAGCUGACAGCAAGCAUCAGAAAGAAUCAAGUGCAGCUGACAGCAAGCAUCAGAAAGAAUCAAGUGCAGCUGACAGCAAGCAUCAGAAAGAAUCAAGUGCAGCUGACAGCAAGCAUCAGAAAGAAUCAAGUGCAGCUGACAGCAAGCAUCAGAAAGAAUCAAGUGCAGCUGACAGCAAGCAUCAGAAAGAAUCAAGUGCAGCUGACAGCAAGCAUCAGAAAGAAUCAAGUGCAGCUGACAGCAAGCAUCAGAAAGAUUCAAGCGCAGCUGACAGCAAGCAUCAGAAAGAAUCAAGCGCAGCUGACAGCAAGCAUCAGAAAGCAUCAAGCACUGAGGAGGACUUUUUAAUGGCAGCUGAAAGAUGUUAUAUCAAAGCUAUUGAAAUAUCCUACGAUGAAAACAUACCAGCAAAACUGCACUUAGGAGAUUUCUAUUUCAGAUUAGAAAAAUUUGAUAAAGCUUUGGCGCAAUACAAUCAGAUCAUCGAUAGUAACCAAGGUUCUAGUUAUCUCUUGUGUUUGGUUAACGCCCGCGAUAAGGCCGGAAAAUGUUUGAAAACAUAUAAUGAUCCAGAUAGUUUAAACGAAGCCCAUGAUCAUUUCACUAAGGCUAUAGCACUUGCGGCAGACUUGGUUUCUAGCAAUAGAGAGAGUGCUGAAAGUACUUCCGCGAUCUGGGAAUCGUUCAAGAAAAUGUUGGAUGAAAAUGAACAGAUGCCACAAUCCCGCACCAAGAACAAGAACAAGAUUAAGCUUCUUGAUUUGGUCCAAGCGCAUCGAGAUAUUGUGCUGCUAGUUGUUCAAUCGUUUCGUCAAGAUCCUGAAACCGAUGAUUUGGAUAUCGUGAAAAGUGGACUAACUAGCGGUUUAAAAAGUGGACAAUACGAAGACGCUUUGCUGAUACUUAACUUAGCAAGCACAAUCGCCGCCAUUACUCUAAACCCGUUGUGGUCUGACCCCGAAAUGCUAGAAAUAAGGGCAGAAACAUACUUGACCACAGCUUGGGCUCGCUUAAUUAAAGAUAGCCCUGAUUACAUUAGAACCUUUCAACAGAUGUUUCAGUUACGUUACGGUCAGUGCGUUGGUAUGGUCAGUGAGGCCGAAGAAGAGACUCUAACUAAGAAAGGGGACAUACUCAUAGUAAACGACGAAACACUUGAUUCUGAAGAGGGUCCAGACAUUACAACGAAAUUAGCCAGCAAUUUACUGAACAUCUUUCAGGUUAUAUUUGGACUUAAGACGUCUAGGAAUUUAGAUAUGAGUACUGACUACAGUCAUAUGCAAGGAGGACUCUUACAAGAAAUGAGCAACUACAGCCUGGUAUUGUUAGUUGUUGGAGAAAAUGACUCAAAUGACUACAACUCUAUGCUCCAGGCAGUACAUAAAGUAGAAGGCCCCGAGAUCCUUCUAGUCAGCCUGAGAGAAAAACCGCACAUAGCUCUAAUCCUGCAGAGUAAAGAAGUUAUACAUGUUGCUCGUGUGCUGCGGAACCACAUCAGGUUCACGGAGACGCUGCCACAGUCUUGUCAGGAGCCAUCCUCAAACGACAUCAUCAACACAUUGUUUCAAGGCGACAAGGAGGCGAUAGUGAGGCUGUUUUGUUGUUUAGCUGGUAAAGAUUUCCACAAAAUUCUUCAGAUUUUCAAGUCCAAAAAUUUGUAAUAUGUAUAUAGAUCAGGGGUUCUCAACCUGUGGGUCGCGACCCCCCUCGGGGGUCGAUUGACGAUUUGCCAGGGGUCGCCUAAGACCAUCGAAAAUAUGGAUUUUUAGUGUCUAUUCUUCUAUUGCUGUGUGUGUGGGUGGGUGUGGGGAGGGGGGUCUAUGCAGAUUGGGGGAUUGUAAAAAGGGGUCGCCGAGCAUAAAAGGUUGAGAACCGCUGAUAUAGAUCCAAAUGUUUCUUCUGUCACAUUAUGUCUUGGUAGGCGUCAACCAUUUACCUUCAGUGGCCUCCUUCAGUGGUAGUCUCGUACGACUAUGGUUCAUCUCGAAUGAUUAUGGUUCAUCUCGAGCUACUAUGGUAGAUAUUUUCUACUUUGACAUGCAUGACUAGAUUGACCUAGAGACACACGUAAUCAUCUUCAUUUUUUAAGUAGCGUCUGCAUUUUAUAAGAUAAGAUAAGAUUGUCAAAUUUUGAGUUAAGUGUAGUUUGUAUCCUGAAAUUGAAAAGAGUAUCUUUUAUCUGAUUUAAGAACAAUAAAAAAAAUAAAACGUUUUGAAUAUUUUUUUCUUAUAAUUCUUUACUAUAGAAAGAAUAUUAUAGAUAAUUUAGCUGAUUUAACAUUAAAAGUGAUUAUUUCUCUUUGA